AUGCAGACGGCCCAUCGACGAGAUGUGGUCAACGAACGACUCACCGAGCUCGAAAGUUUAUGUGCCGAUAUCCGAGCCGAGCAAGAAACACUAGAACAGAAGAUCCAACCCCUUUUCCGUCUAUGCCAUCAAGACUCUUUGCUCACCGAUCACAGUCGGCCGUCAAUUUCCGAGUCUUCUCACCCGCACUCAACAGCCCUCGAUCGGCCACACUCUUCUCAACCCAGUAAUGAUGAUAAUGAUGAUGAAAGAGUAGAAGAGCUUGACCGGUCUCUUGCUAAUGACCACACCGUCCGUAGAGCCGAAAUCGCACUCGGAUAUCGGAAAAAUUGA